CAGAGAGCAGCUUGCCGUGCCCUGCCUCCGUUUAUUUCACUCGGAAGACGAGGGAGAAACAAGGCGGACGCUGGUUGCCUCCCUCCUCUCUCUCUCACUCCCAUGCAGCUUUGAAGAAGAAGAAGAAAAAGAAGAAGAAGAAGACGCCCCCGCCCCGCACCUGCUCCGCUUCGUCUUCUCGUCGUCUCGCAGGAGUUCAGCCUCUCGCUCUGUGCGGGCGUCGCUUCUCUCAUUGUUCGACGCUGUUUCUGAGCAUGACUUCGACGUACAACCUAGAUUUCCUGCCCCUCGCCGAAAGUCGGUUAAUGACUUCGAGCGACACAAUCAACAGCAACGGGAGCAAGAUGAACGGGUCACUGGAGCACAUGGACCAGCCUGACCCAGACGCAAUCAAGAUGUUUGUGGGACAGAUUCCACGGUCCUGGACAGAAACGGAACUAAAAGAACUUUUUGAGCCCUUUGGACCCGUGUACCAGAUCAACAUCCUCCGUGACCGUACUCAGAAUCCUCCUCAGAGCAAAGGAUGCUGUUUUGUAACUUUUUAUACAAGGAAAGCUGCACUUGAGGCCCAGAAUGCACUGCACAACAUAAAGACCUUAAGUGGGAUGCAUCAUCCUAUCCAGAUGAAACCUGCUGAUAGUGAGAAAACAAGUGCUGUGGAAGACAGAAAACUGUUUGUGGGAAUGGUUUCGAAGAAAUACGGCGAGAACGAGAUCAGAAUGAUGUUCUCGUCUUUUGGACAGAUCGAAGAAUGCCGAAUUCUCCGCGGACCAGAUGGUCAGAGCAGAGGCUGUGCGUUUGUCACAUUUGCUACCAGGGCAAUGGCACAGAAUGCAAUCAAAACCAUGCAUCACUCUCAAACUAUGGAGGGUUGUUCUUCACCUUUGGUUGUAAAGUUUGCUGACACGCAGAGGGAUAAGGAGCAGCGGCGCCUGCAGCAGCAACUCGUGCAGCAAAUUCAGCAGCUUAACAAUGCCUCCACCUGGGGAAACCUGGCAGGACUGGGGACGCUGACACCGCAGUAUCUAGCUUUGCUCCAGCAGGCGACAUCAACCAGUAAUCAAAGCAGUUUCAAUGGCAUCCAGAGGCUAGGAGCAGGUGUGAAUCCUCUUCAGCUGCAAAACUUGGCCACAUUGGCUGCGGCCGCAGCUGCAGCCCAAAGCUCUGCCAGCCCGACUUCAAGCAGCGCUCUGUCAACCAACAGCGGAGCCCUGAGCGCUCUCACCAGUCCAGGGUCCAGUGCUGGUGCUGCCAUGAACACCUUGGCCUCUCUGGGCACACUGCAGGGUCUUACUGGCACUUCUAUGGGCCUCAACAACCUUAAUGCUCUCACAAGCAGUGUCAGUGGUAUGGGGACCUUGAAUGGAGGCCUGGGAGCCUCCUUGGCCAAUGGUUCGGCUGCCAGUUCCAUGGAUGCGCUGACCCAGGCCUACUCAGGGAUGCAGCAGUACACAGCCUCAGCCCUUCCCUCCCUCUACAGCCAGUCUCUGCUGCAGCAGAGCGUAGCUGGCAGUCAGAAGGAAGUAGGGCCAGAGGGCGCCAACCUGUUCAUCUACCACCUGCCGCAAGAGUUCGGGGACCAGGAUCUUCUGCAGAUGUUCAUGCCUUUUGGAAAUGUUGUCUCUGCCAAAGUCUUUAUUGACAAACAGACCAAUCUGAGCAAAUGCUUUGGGUUCGUCAGCUAUGACAAUCCUGUCUCCGCGCAGGCUGCCAUUCAAGCCAUGAACGGUUUCCAGAUCGGAAUGAAGAGGCUGAAGGUUCAGCUGAAGCGCUCCAAGAACGACAGCAAACCCUACUGAUCCAUGCCUGGGGCCUCCCCCCACCCCCAUCCCCAGCUCAAUUCUAGCACUGCUAGGAACAAAUCUCCAUGCCUGUUUGCUCAUCAUUAGCCUAGCAUGUCUUCAUGAUGUUGAAAGCCAAGCCAAACCCCCUCUCCCUGGCCUCAUCAUCCCACCAUUGUCUGUGAUGUCUCUCUAAGCUCGCCUGACCAAUACCCGGCCACCCACUGACCCUGACCUUAGCUCAACCUGAUUUUUCUGCAUGUAUGAUCUUUUUUGUUUUGUUUUUUGCUUUUUCUAUAUGAAAAUGUGACGGGCAGGAGAGGUCAAGCAUAUUAAUGUGAAAACUUAGCUGCAAUGAUUUCAUUGAAGAGAUGUUUUUUUUUUUUCUGUUAAUAUUUUUAAAAACCUGUGGGAUUUCUAAUUUUUACCUUAGCUAUGUUUUAUGUUUUUCUUUUUACCUCUCUUAGUAAAAGUUCACUUGAAAGUUAAAUACAGGGAUUGGCACACAUCUGUGCUAUUUGGUGCCAUUAGCAAUAUUUUGGCUUCUUUAACAAAAAAAUAUCCUGCAGACCACUUUUCCAACACUUUUCAGUCUGACCAGUAAAAAAAAAACGCUCUCUGCGAUCCGUUUCGAUCUCUACAUUAUGUUGGCAGUGUGACGAUUUACAUCAAAUCUAUUUAAAAUAUAUUUUCUUUUUCAUUUACAAAAACUGAGUGUAAUUACCUUUUUAUUAAAAUAUCAAUGGCACAAUAAAAGGUACAUUUGCUCUGCUGAGAGAAAUGACUACCUACAUGAGUCAACUUUUUUAGAACUGAUUCACAAAUAGACAAUCUGUGGUUUAAAUGCACACUUAGAUUACCUAUAUUUUAUACCAUUGAAUCUAUAGAGGUUUAACUAACAGAACCCAGGCACAACUUUGGGUUUUUUGUAGAUUUCUGUUGUAUUGUCAUCUAUGUUGGUGGGGCGCGAGGGCGGGGGGGUGUUUUCAGUUUUAGUCUUUUUUUCUUAAAACAAAAAGAGGACUAAAAUCGAGUUUGGUGACCAUUUGAAGGUCAUUUGUAGUCAAUUUUAGAAAAAUUCUGGUUUAAUUAAAAAUAUGGCAUCUGGUUUAAACAGUUUUAAGGGUCAUAGUUUGAGGCUAAUUUUUUUUUUCUGUUAUAUAAAGUGUUUAACUUCAAUGGUACGUCUUGUUGACUCUGUGAAUUAUUUUUUUUCAUUACUAACUUAAUCGAUGGAUGUUUCACUUUGGUUUAGUUUGGAUUGCCUCAUGUUGAAAAAUGAUUUACCAUGUCUGUUAAUCAUACAUAGACAAUGUUUGAUUUCAGAUCUUUUUAUUUCUUGUUUUUGGUUGUUGAAGUGCCCAUGUGUCAAUCUCUUGUUUUUGAAUACACAACUUUUUUUGGGGUUUAUUUGCUGUAAUAUCUAGUUUUUCUUUACACACACACACAUACACACACACACUCUCCUAAUGUGGUUGCAACAGUGGGAGCCCCUGAAGAGGAGAUCACUUGGACAAAAACACAACCUGUGGGUCUCUGCACAUUUUAGACACACGUUUGCUUUUUAUCUAACCUGUUUGCUGUUUAUGUUGUUUUUCUCUCUCACACGGCACAUUUGAAAAGCUCCACCACUAUAGUGUUGGGAUAUAAAUACAUUCCAUUAUUCUGCACCAAGUUUACACUUUUAUCAGGGUGAAACCUUUUCUCGUGCUAGACAUUGUCGAAACAACCUUGCUAAAGUAACCACUUCACCUUUCACCCCUUAAAAAACAAACAAACAAAAAAAAAAAGGGUUCCUAAACAAACUGCUUACCUGGUGGCGCUAAAGAGUUGUCAACUCAGGGGUUUUUAUGUGUUUAAAACUUCGACACGCAGGAUUACGACACAGCAUGCACACUUUUCUCACCAUUUCAAACUUUUUUUAAGUUGAGAUUUUGUUCUUUUAUUAUAACCCAAAAAUAGAUAUAUAUAUAUAGAUGGAUAAAUAAAUUUAAAAAAAACCAAAUUUGCAACAGUGCUUGAGAAGAGUGUUCUAGUUUUGUAAGGAAAUGUUGAGCACAAUUGUGGGAGCUAAACACUUUGACAGAAUGUGGUGAAUGUGUGUGUGAUUUUGAUCCAAAAUUUACAAGGUACCACUGAUUUCUGUUUUAAAAUGGGCAUGUGCUUUUUACAGUGUUUUUCUAUCCAAAUGCAAUACAAUAUUCAAAGUGCCAUAUAUAAAUAUAUGUCUAGAAACUGCCUACACAUUGUUAUUAGGCCUUGAUUUAAAGGUUGCUGCAGUUUGCCUUUUUUUUUUUUUUUUCUGGUCUGUUAUGCCAGUGUCAUAAAGCUCUUUGUUACCUGCUAAUGUCUCUUUUUCCUGCCCCCUCCCUUUCUCCUUGCUGUGUGCUGAGUUAUUGGUAAAUGUGUUUCGUGCUGUACUCGAUUUGAAAGGUUGGUUUUAAAAACAAAAAAGUAAUUGUAGAUAAACAAUAAACUUCCCUAUACAUUUGAAGGUUAAACGUCUCUUAGUGAGUAUUGCAACACUUUGCUAAAGCAACUGUAUUGUGAUAAUCUGUCUGUUCGUUUUUGGGAUUUUUAUUUUUUGGAGUGGAAAAGCGAGCUAAAGCGCAUAUCAGCUGGGGUGACAUGUUAAAAGUCAAAUUGCAAGUGUUUUGGUAAAUAAUUUAGUAUUUAAGGAAAAUAAACACAAAAAGCACAAUGUAUAGUCAGAGCUCUCCCAACAGGAACUGGACUCACUUCAGGGGCUUCCAUCACAAAUCUCCCAUCAGCUCUAACAAUCACUGACUUCUUGUUUCUCAUUUUGAAGUGCUUUUCCUUUUCAAGUGUGGUAGCUUUGCAUCUCUGUAGAUGUCUUGAUCUGGGGGUUAGAAAAACAACUUAUUUUCCUGUCUGCUGAACAUUAGGACUUUAUUCACGUUCCACCUAUAAUUUAAUAGAUGUCUCGUCUCGAGGAAAGCCAAAGUGAGUGCAUCUUGAUGUGAUCUGUAUUAUACACAGUUUAUUUCUGUUCAAACUUUUGGGAAAGGGGUGGGAUUUGAAAACAUAGACGUACACAGGCUGUCCAAUUUCUACAACUGGUGGUUCAUAUGUAUUUUGUACCAGUGAAGCUUUUUUAUAUUGGAAAUUAAAGGAAAAGAAAAAAAAAACAUCUGUAUUGAAAAGAAAAACACAAAUGUCUGGCCUCUCAAUGUGGCCCUGCCUUGACCAGGUCCUGAAUUUGGCCUUUAGGCGAUGUCUAGCUUUUUGUUUUUGUCCUGUUUUUGCCUCUAAAAAGAUGCCUGAUUUUGAUUUCUACUCUGAUCUCUACGCGGUCCUCACUUCGUUAAUCAAUUUCGGGGAGGGUUGGGAUCCUCUAAAUCGUGGUAAGUUUAAUACUAGUAAUUGUGCUUUGCACAUAAUUUAGUGGUCAGGAAUUUUGACAACUUGUGUGGAUAAUUGUCUUAGUUAAAAGUAUGUUUAGUUUAAAGCUUUGCUUUUUACUUGUGUAUUUGUUUUCUUUCCCACCAUAGCGGAGUGUGUAGCUGAAAGACUGUUAGGUUUCUUUUUUUUUUUUUUUUUUGAUCAGUGUUUGUUUGUGUGGUGUGUUUCUUUGCCUCUGUCUCGAAAUUAAACCAUUUCCCCUAGUA